AUGUCACUUAGACUACUGGCCCAGCGGUAUCUACCCAUAUCUCCACGUCAUUUAAGUCUCUUGACGACAGAUGGUGAAGAUGGAAAUCCCGCGGCUGUGGUCGCUAUGGCCGCAGCAUUUGAUCCACAGAACCGUAUAUUUUUUCUGGAAUGGGACAAUCCAACAGAUGCCGCGAGUUUUCGCCUCACACACGCAAGAGUGCCUGGUAAAAAUAGUGCUAGUAGUGGUAGUAGCAGCAGUAUUACCGCCUUAACACUGGUACGCUCACUGGAUGGGGUUAUUCACUGUGUAGUGCAGUGUGCCACUGUAAAGGGUGGGAAUAAGGAGAAUACGGUUGCCAACUCAUAUGUCUACCGUCGUACAGUGGAAAAGGAAAGUGAUGAUGACAGUGACGAUGAUGAUAAUGAUAAUAAUAUGGGAUAUGGUAGUGUGGAAGUGCGAUACAGAAAGUUGCCUAAAGCGUUGGAAGAUGAUGGUAGACUCUGGACUGCAGCCACACGAUUGUAUAGAAGUGAUGGAGGUAACAGUUGUGGAGGUCGUGUGAUGGUGGCUUGUGGCGGUGAGAAGGGUGCGGUAAACGCAUUGAAGACGUUGCGACUCACCGGCACUCGUCUCUCUGUUGAACAGACACUGGAACUUCCCAUGUUAUCUACUUUUCCCGUCCUGCAGCUGCGUGAGAUUGACGGAGAUGCCUCUGCGGUGUUGGCGCUCUGUCAUCAUGCGAUGUUGGAGAUUGAUCCCCGGCUGCGGCCGCAGGAGAGUGUUGUGCGGGCGUGGAAGUGGAGUCCACACGAUCCCCUCACGGCCUUCGCGGUGAAAGACAACGCCAUCGUGGCGGGCACGGAGGAGGGCGUUGUGGUCGCGUGGGACAUGCGGGUUGGCGGGAGUGUGCGGGAGAAGAGUUAUCACCAUGCGGUGGACCACAGCGAUGCCUGCGGGGCCCCCGUCACGGGUCUGCACAUGCCGCACAGCACCACACUGCUCUCCUGCCACGCGGAUGGAUCAGUGCUGCUGUGGGAUAGACGAACCGCCACAACCACAGCAGCUAAUACUACUGCUAAUACUAAUACUACAUCCACAACAACGAGAAUAGAUGGAUUUCGAUUUACGGCAACGGCGGCGGCGGCGGAUGUGUUACCGCCAGUGUUUGCGGGGACGCCCGGUUGUGUGGGUCUCGCAGCGGAGGAUCAACUCGUAGUGGUUGCAGAUGAAUCGGGAACUAUUAGCGUGUUUGCCAUGUUGUAG